UCUCUAGAUAUUCGCGAUCGAUUUGCCUGAUAAUAAUUUCUAUCGAUUUCGUCUAUUAAUUUAUCAACUAAUCUUCAUGAUCAAUUUCUAAUAUAUAAGGGAAGGAGUUACAGAUCGAUAUCGUGGGAGCUAGAACGAGGAUUUAAACGCUGAAUUAAAGAAAAGAUCAUGUCAAAUCACCAAGGGGAUGACGCUGAAUACAUGGCAGAUGAAUAUGAAAUGGAAGAUGCAGAUGAUAUGGAUGAAGAGUUACUUGACAGAGAGUUGGGUGGCUCGGAGUCUGAUAUGGAGGAUUAUGACCAUUUGAGUGAUAAAAUGGCAGAUACUUCCGCGGCUCAAGCUAGGAGGGGCAAAGAUAUCCAAGGAAUUCCCUGGGAAAGGCUUAGCAUCACCAGGGAGAAAUAUAGGCAGACUAGAUUAGAACAUUACAAGAACUAUGAAAAUGUCCCUCUAUCUGGAGAGGGGUCAGAGAAGGAAUGCAGAAUCACAAAGAAAGGGAACACGUAUUAUGCAUUCAGACGCAAUUCACGGUCUGUAAAAUCAACAAUUCUUCAUUUUCAGUUGAGGAACCUGGUUUGGGCUACAUCAAAGCACGAUGUUUACCUCAUGUCACAUUCUUCUGUCGUUCAUUGGUCUUUAUUAACUUUUAACAAGACCGAUGUUCUCAAUGUUUCAGGACAUGUGGCGCCGUGUGAGAAACAUCCUGGAAGUCUUUUGGAAGGAUUUACACAGACCCAAGUUAGCACGCUAGCAGUCAAAGAUAGGUUGCUAGUUGCUGGAGGGUUCCAGGGAGAACUUAUUUGCAAGUAUUUAGACAGACCUGGAGUUUGCUACUGUUCCAGGACAACUUAUGAUGAUAAUGCUAUCACUAAUGCUGUCGAUAUCUAUACCACACCCAGUGGUGCAGUUCAUUUCACUGCUUCAAAUAAUGACUGUGGAGUUAGGGACUUUGAUAUGGAAAAUUUUCAGCUUUCCAAGCAUUUCCGUUUUCCUUGGCCAGUGAAUCAUACUUCCCUGAGUCCUGAUGGUAAGCUUCUUAUAAUUGUUGGAGAUAACCCAGAUGGUCUAUUGGUGGACUCUAGAACUGGAAAGACAGUUAUGCCCUUGUGUGGGCACUUAGAUUACUCAUUUGCAUCAGCAUGGCACCCUGAUGGCAUCACUUUUGCAACUGGGAACCAGGACAAAACCUGCCGAAUUUGGGAUGUCCGGAAUUUAUCCAAGUCCGUUGCUGCUUUGAAAGGUAACCUUGGAGCCAUUCGGUCAAUCCGCUACACAUCUGAUGGCCGAUUCAUGGGAAUGGCAGAGCCUGCAGAUUUCGUCCACGUUUAUGAUGUAAAAACCGGUUAUGAGAAGGAGCAGGAAAUUGAUUUUUUUGGUGAGAUAUCUGGCAUGUCCUUUAGUCCAGACACAGAGUCCCUUUUCAUUGGAGUGUGGGAUCGUACAUAUGGUAGCCUCCUUGAGUUUGGCCGACGCCGGAACUACUCAUAUCUUGAUUCUGUUGUCUGAGUGGGAUGUGCACUCUGCAAAAAAUAUGGGACGGCUCAUUUCCUGGCGUAACUUUGGAGCCUGGCAGCGUAUCCUGCAGUAGAAAUGGUUCUAGGUGUAUAUGUACUUUGUUGUGCAAUGUAGCUUGUUAAUGUUAUUUUAGCAGUGGCACAUUAUGAGCUUGAAUAUGAAUAUAGGAGUGAGGGGUUGUACAGAAGGCUAGGAAGCAUUGGUCCUGCAGACGGAAAUAAGUAGAACUAGGGAUUCUCAAGUACCGGACUUGUUUUUAAUUUUCAUGCCGUUUUCUUAUGUUUGUCUGGAAAUCAAAAUUUUUCUUUUAGGAGCUCUCGUUGAAUGGAAUAAUCUUUGCUUUA